AAAGAGCGAGAGAAGGAUAAGGUUAGUUCUAUGAUAAGGAAGGAACGUCAGAUUCUUUCCUCCCCAAGUCCACCUUUAGAACUCUUUUCCAGGGGAUUAACGAGUGUGGAGAGAGAGAGAGAGAGAACAAUAUAACAAGAAAAGGAACAUGGAAGAAAUCGUCAUUAAACGCACUUGAAGUUCUCUCUUCCAUCUUGCACCUCUCUCUAAUUUAAUCUUAAACCCACUCCAAGUUCCCCCAAGGGACUUCUCUCUCUAUUUCAAGAGAGACAGAAUCAGAAGAGUCCAUUCCUCCUGAUUCCCACCCAAGUGGGAAUAAAAACAGGAUUCCACUCUUUCUUUCUGUUCCUCCUCUCAUCCCUCCUUCCCCUCCUCCUCUCCGUCAUGACGUUGCUGGCCUCUGAGAGGUCGCUUCUCAUCCGGAACAAAUUCCGCUCAGUCUUGCAGUUGAGGAUUCAGAACCGAAGGCAAAAUGAAAUCGACUCUGGGUUGAAAACUACCUGUUCCUCUUGCAAAGGAGAGAAAGACCAGAGUAAAGCUCUGCGUCUAACUGACGAUGGCACCACUCAGAAGUCGCCCCUGUGUCGUCUGAACAUUAAAACUGCACAAGACAGGAGUGUAUGUGGGGCUGGAAGGCAGAAGAAGGCUCGGCUGGCUAACAACCUUAGAGAGAAGGUCCAGCAUCGUCCCGAACCUCUGGACCUACUACACAAACACAUACUGCCUCCAGGGAACCGCCCCGUCUCCUUCCCUCUCUCCUCAGAUGUCUUCCAAGAUGACAUCUCUUCCUGCUCUUCCUCCUUGUCUCCCGAGCAACUCGGGAUCCUCCAAUCACCAGCCUUCUCCUCGUCGCCAGGGUUCUCAGACGACCAAUCACUGAGUGACCUGUCGCCUGCGGUCUUGCCCCUUACCCACAGUCCCACCCAUGUUCAGUCUAUCUUGGCUUUGCUCCCAGCAACCGAGGGCAUCAGCCAGUCAAUGAGCAUGACCGUGGGCGACUCCAACUCCAUGGCAACGACCGGGAGACCAAAGGGGAUGUAUCUGACCUCCCAUGCCACGCCCCUGCUGCCAAAGACAGCCCGGUCUCUCACACCUCCCUCCGACUCUUCCUCCCUUACUCCCUCCCUGAAUUCCUCUCGCCCCCCCCGCCCGCGGAAACCACGGGAUUCACAGCCCAAGAUGAGGAAACUCAAAUACCAUCAGUACAUUCCCCCCGACCAGAGAGGGACGGCCGGGACUGCCGGGGGAGGGGCCAGUCAGAGGAGCCCCACCCCAGCCCAGCUCUUAGACCCCGCCUACUCCAGCCUCCUGCAGCAACAGCAGGUGUUCCUCCAGCUGCAGAUCCUCCAGAACCAACAACAACAACAGCAGAACCAGCAGCAACAGGACCAGCAGCAGCUCAUCGUCACACCCAGUGGAGACACCAACCAAAUGGUGAGGUUCUCUGGAGCCAUGCACCAGAACCCUCAGCCUGUAUCCAAGGCAACAAACCACACCUCUGUGGACACAAGUCCCUCCAACAAGUCUGAGCUCCUCCCACCUAACCUGGUCGACCUCACGGUGUCUGAGUUGCGACAGCAGCUGCGUAAGCGAGGUCUUCCUGUCUCCGGCACCAAGCCCACCCUCCUCCAGAGGUUACGCCCUUUCCAGCUGCCCCACCUGUGUUUAACCCCUAUGCCCCUCUGCCAGCUGGAUACCAGCCAGGAACCCCUUACCCCCACCUCCUUGCUCACCCCCAGCCACUACCCCAGCUCCAGCCCCAGCUCUGGAACUGACUCCCCCACCAACAGCCCUAACCAUCAGGUCUACAUCCAGUCCACUGGAAUUCUGAGCGGGGUUCCAAACGGAAUUGUUAAUGGCAUUCCGAAUGGUAAUACUAAUGGAAUAGGGGUCAGUGUGGUGGGGGAGCAGUGUGGCUUCCUGGCCGCUGCGUUAACCCCAUCGUCGACACCCAGCCCCGGUCUCCCCCCAUGCUCCUCUUUGCCACUGUCGACUGGCGCCUUCUGGCAGUCAGAACAGGAGCAGCAGGAGUUGAGCCUGGAGCUGGAGAUGAGGGAUAGGAUGAAGAGCAGGCCCAGGGAGAGGCUAUCUCCUCCUCUGUCUCUAUCCUGUGGGGGUUCCCUCCAUCCCUUCCUGCAACAGGAUCCAGGAUGGCCCAGAGGGACACCAGAGAGGGAAGGACAGACAGAGAUCCUGUUCACACAGGUGUUCUGCUGCCAGCCGUGGGACGUGAUUGGCCAGGACUUUGAGCUGCCCAUGCAGAUCACAGCCAGUCCCAUUCAAGCCCCACCCAGCGUCCGCAGUCUGGAGGAGGAGCUGCAGGAGGCCAUUAACAGAGUACUGAUGGACCCCAGUCAGUCUAUAGAGGACAUUCUGGAGGAACCUACCACCUGUGUGGACUCCCACUCCUCCUCUGUCUCAGACCUCCAAUCACCUGUCACUAUCCUCCCUGGCCCCUCCCCUCCUCCCCAAACAGACCAAUCCCAGCCGUUCCGUUGUCAUUCAAAGGAUGACAACUUCUUGUCCUCUCCUCUCUGCUCCUCCCUCCUGCUGGAGCUCCCACCGUCACCUUCGACGAUGGUUCCCCGCCAAGCUGCCCCACCCCCUCUCCCUCCCUCCAUCUGUACUUCUCCCCUGCCUCCCACUGUGACCUCACGGAAGAGGCGGGCUCAGGCAACCUUUGACCCUGCUGAUUGGUUGGAGUCGCUAGCCUCUGGACUCCGCCCUCUCAGUCCUCCAUCUGCCCCAUUCGUUGAGACCGACUUUGGCCUCAAUUUUGAUCUGAACGUCAACCGAGCGUUGGAUCUCAUGGUGGAGCAGUGGUGAAGGUCUUAGGUGGACUGAGUGUCAGUGUGUGUGUGUGUGUGUGUGUGUGUGUGUGUGUGUGUGUGUGUGUGUGUGUGUGUGUGUGUGUGUGUGUGUGUGUGUGUGUGUGUGUGUGUGUGUGUGUGUGUGUGUGUGUGUGUGUUUGUUAGUUGGACUUCAACAUACACCUCCCAAACAAUGGGAACAGAUUUGUGAAUGUCCAUCCAUCAGUCUAUCCAUCCAUCCCCUCUGUCCACUCUGUGAGUGAGUAGUCUGUUUGAGCGAGGUGACUGCAGGUCUGUACCCCACGCAAUGUUGAGAGACAGAUACUACUACACUGGAAGAGAUUAAAAAAGACGGAGUUGCAUUGGUGGAACAAUAACUGGCAGAGGGAAUCACACACACACACACACACACACACACACACACACACACACACACACACACACACACACACACACACACACACACACACACACACACACACACACACACACACACACACACACACACACACACACACACACACACACACGCAAACCUUGAGUUGUCCUGUUAAAUAAAAAAUGGCCAAAUACAACAAAUGAACAAUGCAUAUUUGGAGUCACACACAAUCCAACACAUUGUUUCCCACUGUAAACAAAGACACCCAGUUGAACAGGGCCCCUACUGCUCCCCCAGCCACAGUCAUUGAGUCCGAGUCAUUCAUAAAGGCCAUUGAAGCCAGACUGGGCAGACAGACAGGGCACACAGCUUGUCCAUGUCUCCAGACCUUUCCCUAGUGCCAGACACACAGUCGGCAUGUGGGGAGAGAGAGCUGGCAGACACCACACAACCCUUACAGGGAAGUGUAUGUGUGUCACUGUGUGUAUGUGUGUGUGUGUUUGUGCACGCCUGGCUGCUUCUGUUUGUGUCGGUGUGUGUGUGUGUUAAUACACACACACACCCCAUUGUAUAUUUAUCGGAAUUGUUGCAAAUAUACUUGUAGCUCCUUGUUUGUGUAGACUAAGUGUGCAAUGUCUCUGAGUAUUGAUUUUGUACGGUUGAUCUGUGAGAGAGAGAGAGAAGAGAGAGAGAAGAGAGACUGCUUCCACAUUUUGUGCCUAUUUUAAUUGUGGUCUCAACACUAGUCUGUUGCUGCAACAUAUAACACUGUGAGUGGGUCACUAAAACCUAAUGAACCACUAUGUUCAAUUCAUUGCUUGCCUUUUUUUAUUUAAGAGAAAAAAACUGGUAAACAUCCUAUUAAGCCAAGAGAUAAAUAGCAAUCACUCUGAGAGGCUUCAGAACCUGCAACACCACCAUAUUACCAGAGUGUAUGUUCUCAUCAGUGCAUGAGAACAGGUGGCCACUGUUUUAUGAGGACCUCCCAUAGUGUUUGGAGGAAACAGCUUGGUGCUCUACACACUAUUAGGGCCACAGUCACUGUUUACACCUGUUGUUAUGGAGAUAAAAAGGUCAAAUAAAGGUUAUGCGCAGGAUAACAAUGCCAAUUAAUUUCAUGAAACAAUUUCAUGAUUUUAGCUUUUAGAUUGUUUCAGUGCUUUAUCCCAUAUUGUAAAAACAGGUAGAAUUUGGAAAUCCAUCUGUCCCAAAGAGAGGCUGUUCUGAUUGCAGGAAGUGACACAGGUGUUCCCUGAGACCACAAUCUCUCUCUUGGCCAGUUCCAAAUCGAACCCUAGCCCCUACCCCCUAGGCACAUGAGGAGGAUAGAACUGGAUAGAUAUAAUCUAUAUGGUAAUAGCUCCACCAUUCCCCUGAUAGGCUAUGUGGAACUUUCCCCAUAUCGCACACAGCUAUCCAGCCUACUAGAAGAGGGGCUAGAGGCUAGGGGUCCGUAUGGGAUUGGCCAUAUUCAUUUUAAAUGACCACCAGGGGUGUCCCAUCAGUAAAGAGCUGAGGAGGUGAAUACUGUACUUCCCCCGAACAUGGAUCAUGAUGAAGUGGUCUAUGUUUCCGUGCUAUCAGUGAUUGACAAGGCAGUCCAAGGGCUUAUUCUCAGAGUCAGAACGUUCAGUAUUUACAGAGCAGAUAUUAUUCUCUAUUCCACAUGAUGUUCUACCAGAUCCAAUGUUUCUGAGGUCAUGACAGACUUAAUUCAGCUGUUGUGAUUCUGAUUGGUUGUAUGGCCUGUCAAUUAGUGAAGUAUGUGAGCACUGAUUAUGGCCUGGUCUGAGAGCAACCCACAGCCUCUGUUAGCAGUAUGGCAACUUCUCCACCUAGCCUCCCAAUGGGCUUAGGGGAACUUCUGCCAUAUUUCUUCUGCCUAUCUGGUUCAUGUAGAUUAGAAAACCAAAGGGGUGUAGGGGCUAGGGGUUGUUUUUGGACCAGGCCUGUGUUAUGUUCAUUGGGAGAAUACAACACAUAGUGUGCUUUCCUAACCUCCUAGCUGACUCGACACCCUUCUUAAAGACCAUUGUGUGAACAACAAACUGUGAUCUUACUAAUGUUCCCCAGAGACAUAUUUAUUGAUAUUUAUAUAUAUGGCUCUGAUGUUCCCCACCCAGUCUCUGAAUAAUAACCACUGCGCUAAGUGCAAUAUGGUGUAUGUGAAGGGCACAGCCAUUGGGAAAUACCAGGCCCCCAUAUCUCUGUCUUAUCGUUACUCUAAACAAAAUGGUGUAAUGGGUCCUCACUCAACAAGAUGUCGCAUAAAGCUUAGUUUUCACUGCAUCAGGGAUAGCGUACACAGACGUUUCGGCUUCACAGCCUUCUUCAGUGUGUAGGUACAAAUGUAUUUGAAUUCAAAACAGCACUUCAAAUCAAAAUCAAAUCAAAUUUAUUUAUAUAGCCCUUCGUACAUCAGCUGAUAUCUCAAAGUGCUGUACAGAAACCCAGCCUAAAACCCCAAACAGCAAACAAUGCAGGUGUAAAAGCAC